AUGGCCAAUCUUUUCCAUGCGGGAACCGCGAAGGGAAUGGCUCGUGCUGCGACGCGUUCGCGAAGCGCCAGCGUUUGCUUUCGAACCCGUUCCGACAAUAUUGAUGACGUAGACAUUUGGCCUCUCAUUCUUAAUACCUGGAGCUUGUACCUAUUCCUAGAUGAGAUCAUAGAGUUUGUUCUAAACUUUCGACUCAAGACUACUCAACAUUAUGCCAGAUACAGAGAUUUCCCCGACAACGAAGCAGUUGAUGCUGGAACCAAAGAAGGUGACACCGGUGAAGCUGGAAUGAAGGAGAAAAAAGAAGAAAAGAAAGGAAAUGGAUUGGUAGACAACAUUGACAUAAGCAGGGAAGCGCGAAAUCGCGUUAAAUUGUAUGUGCUAUGCGAUCAACGGGUUUGGGAUGACCGUGGAACGGGUCAUGUAGCUUGCGUACAAAUACCUAAUCAGCAAGGAUUUGUCAUAAUUGUUAGGUUGGAAUCGGCUACAAGUGGUCAGGAUAAAAAUGUGCUGGAGUCCAAAAUUCUUAUGGACACUGUUUACCAAAAGCAACAAGUUGGUAACUUUUUCAUCUACACAUCUCAUUUUCUUGAUUUUCAACACUUUUUGUAUUUAUGUAAUCGAUACUUUCUUCUCGCCGAUCCUACAUUUUCUUAAAA